AUGGAAGAAACACAGACUUUACUAUCGACGACAAGAAAAUCUUUGGAUGAUGGUAUCGUGAGCAAAGUGAGCCGAAAAGUCGCAAACCUCUUUACCAAACAGCGUCGAUAUAGCGAACACGAUAGUGACAGAUAUGAGUCGCUCGGUGAUCACGUGGAAAAUGUUCUAGACGACUCAUCUGUUGGUUUUUUGCAACUGUUUCGUUAUGCUGAUUGGAUUGAUAUCGUUUUAACAUUGGCUGGGUGGUUUUUUUCUGCAUUAGGAGGUGUUUGUUUUAUCACAAGUAUGAUUAUCUUUGCGAAACUCACUGGUACAUUGGUUGAAAAAGUCUUCACUGAAAACUGCUAUGUUCAACAGAAAAAUGCAUCAAUCACAAAAACAAGUAACAUUCAAUGUCCACUUGGUAUUAAUAUUCAUUCGUCUAAUUAUGAUCGAUUCGAGAGAUUUUGUCAUAAUGUCAGUACUAACUCAUCUCACAUACUUAUUUCAGACAUGUCUGCAUUUCGAGCUAAAGUAAUUCACCAAGUGAUUUGGUUAUUCGUUAUUGCGACUUUUCAAUUUGUAUGCUUGUUUUUCGAAUAUUAUGCACCAACACUGGCUGCCAGACGACAAGUCUCACGCAUUAGUGUGCUACUCUUUCGUUCACUUCUUCGGCGAGUAAGUUCGAUUUAG